AUGUCUAGCCCGAUGGACUUGUCAGGCAAUGACCAGUUCAACCAGCUGUCAGAUGACUUCUUGCUCUGGCUGAAGCGGAGCAGCCUUCAUUUCAAAAUGCAUCCUGGCAUAUAUAUCGCCGAUUUGAGGUCUAUCGGGGCUGGGAGAGGUAUCUGCGCCUCGCGAGAUAUAACCGAAGACGAGGAACUCUUUGUUAUCCCCGAAGACUUGAUACUCAGCGUACAAAACUCGGAGGCAAGGACAGUCUUGGGCCUGGAUGACAAGCAACUUGGGCCGUGGUUGUCGUUGAUCAUUGCUAUGAUAUACGAAUACUACCAAGGCGAGCAAUCCAAGUGGUAUCCUUACUUUGGUGUUCUUCCCUCGAGUUUUGACACGUUGAUGUUCUGGACAGAUGAACAACUGUCUGAGCUGCAAGGUAGCGCAGUCGUUGGCAAGAUUGGCAAGGCUGCGGCGGAUGACACAAUCCUGCAGAAAGUGGUUCCUCUGAUACAGGCCAACUCUCUUCAUUUCCCGCCCAGGUCUGAUAUGCCUCCACUCAACUCACCUGAUAGCCAGAGUGCUUUGCUUUCUCUUGCCCAUCGUAUGGCUAGUCUUAUUAUGGCAUAUGCCUUUGACAUCGAGAAGGCUGAAGAGGCAGAUGAGGACACAGCUGAAGACGGCUACAUGACAGAUGACGAGGAUGAACCAGCCAAGGGCAUGGUGCCUCUGGCAGAUAUAUUCAACGCGGAUGCACAGAGAAACAAUGCACGUCUCUUCCAAGAAGAAGGCUCGUUUGUCAUGAAGGCUGUCAGGAAUAUACACUCAGGAGAAGAGAUCUUUAAUGACUACGGUGAACUCCCAAGAGCAGACCUUCUUCGGCGAUACGGUUAUGUUACCGACAAUUAUACCCAAUAUGAUGUCGUUGAAUUUUCUUUGGAUAGCAUUUGCAAAGUUGCUGGUCUGCCAGACAGCCAGCCAAGCCCGUCUAACCCCCAACUUGAGCUCCUUGACGAUCUGGACAUGCUUGAAGAUGGAUACAGUAUACCCAGGAUACCACAGAAUGGAGCAUUGAAGGACGCAAUACCGGAAGAUUUCCUUGUUCUGCUUCGGGCCUUGACCCUGCCUAUAGAGGAUCUAAAUCGACUUAGAGCAAGAAGCAAGGCCCCAAAACCUGAAUUUUCAAUUUCAGAAGCAUCCCUCUUGCGGUCUCUAGUGACCUAUCGACAAAGCGAAUACCCAACGUCGGCCCAUGAUGACGAACGUAUCCUUCAGUGUCUUGCGCAAGGAAACGGAAAUAUCAUUGAUCCAAUUAUUCGACGCAAGAAAAUGGCAGUCCAGGUAAGGAAGGGAGAAAAGGAGAUUCUCGCUCAAAUUUUGAGUUUACUGGAUGCCCAUUCGAUGCAAUCAGACCAGAACGGAUCCGCGAAGCGCUCAAUGAUAGGCACUGAGAAGUACCCAAAGAGACAAAGACAACUUUGA